GUCUAUUUCAAUAUGGCGACCGCCUGUUGGAAGUUUGUCAUUGAAAUAAUGGCACGUUAAAUUGAUUUACCAAAAAUACACAAAGCAGGUGAAUUUGUUUGAAAAAGCACUAUUAAGUAUGGAGCAUAGCUGGGAGUUGGAGGCCAAGAAGCCACUAGGGGUGUCACUUGACCCUACUGACAUGAGACAGGUUUUCUUUACUAACCUUUUGCUCUUGGGAUUUGAUACAGGGGCAAUGGAAUCACAGUAUAAAAUUCCUUUUAACAGGGAUAUGUUUGCACUGCCAAACAAGAAAGCCUUUGAGGUGGUUAUGUACUUUCUUUUCAAUAAGUUGGAUCCUGUGUUGUGCAGAGAAACUUUUCGUGACUGUUGGCCAGUGAUAGACAAGAAAGUGGAACAACUAUUUAGAAAAGCAUGCAAUAAUUGGCUAACAAUGAUUGCCAAGGUAAUUGAAGAAAAGGAUGCCCAUUUACCCAGGAUAGUGGCAUCUACAUUCAUGUCACCUGGAGGUGACCGUUUUUAUCAGCUGAUGUUCAACUUUUCAAGAUAUGUUAUACUGAGGACAAUUAAGAAUGAUCAUGGUUUGAAAACAAGGGACAUGCUGCAGCACCCUGUACUUACUCCCCAGAACCUAGCCAUAGACCAUGUGAUAAGUGAGAGCCUCAAGUGUGGGGCAGUCAGGCACAGGAAGAGGUUCCUAGAGCAUGUUGAGGAUACAGUACAAGUACAGCAGCAAUGGAAAGAAUAUGCAAGCUUAGACCCAGUAGAACUGAACCAGUUAUCUACACUUUUAUGUUUUAGUGAACUUGUUAAAGAUAAUCGAACCCUAAGCAAGGCUGUCAGAGACAAAGAAAGGCUAGUCAGAGAUGAAAUACAGAAGGGGACUACUCUAGGAGGAAGCCCUGUUCCGAAACGAAGGUCAGGUAUACACGACCCAGCAUUGGAUGUUCAGUCAGUAAAAAGAGCACAGAAAGUUCAGAAGGUGAGGGAAUUAUGGAAAAUCCUGGACGACUUCAAUGGCUCAAAAGAACAAGAAUGUGAGGUUAUAGAAUCUAUUCUUCAUGGAACACUAGACCAGUAUAAAAUUGAUGCAGGGGAAAUUAAUGUCAAAAUUCCUGACUUACUAUUGCGAGAGUGUGAGAGUGAAUUGCAAAGGAGAAACGUUGAUAACACUUUAAAAGGAGGAAAGCUGAAUCUGUUAAGUCUGGUGCAUCUUUGGAAUCUUUCCCUGCAUCUUUACAUUGAAAAACUGCACACAGCUGGAGUGCCUAAUUUUGGGGACCAUUUAGCCACAGUAGCAACUCAAGUUCAUACACACCAUGCAUAUCUGUCUAAUACCCAGGCUCUGAGGUCAAAGUUGGCAAAGGAGCUGAUUCCAAAUCUCAAGGCAUCUAUAGACCAACUAAAGCAUUCCUUAGAUCAGCAACCUGUAACUGGAAGGACGCCUCAUGGGAUCAGAACUGCAUCACUUGGUUUAGGACUUCUUCCACCCACACCACCCAUCUCAUUUCAAGAAGAUUCCACUUUGACGGAGGGAACCCCACCAAAUAUCUCAACUACUCUGACACCUAAUAAAGUGUCCACUCCAGAGGCAGUGUCACGCCUUGUGAAUUCUGUGGAGAAAACUGUGAGAAGAGAGCAGGCCUCUCUUGGUGCAGGUACUCCCCUCUAUGGUCCAAAACUUGGGAUUAAGGGACAGCCAUAUGGAGCAGAUAAUGUACCAAUGAGCCAUCUACCAAUUCCUGUGGUUCAGGUAGAGCGUGUGGGGAACAAGCAGAGGACGAGGAUCAGAUCAGCGCCUGGGACUCCUGGUGCCUCACGUGGUACUCUAGCAGGCACAAGUCCACUUGUCAUGGACAGCAGAAAUGGAGUAAAUACCAUGUUUGAGACAUUAGAAAUGGAAACAACACAAGAAGGUAGAAGUACUAGAGAGUCAGCAAGGGAGAAAUUGACAGAGCAGGUGUCAAAGUCAAAGCCAGGGUUUAAGUCAAAACAAAGAGAUAAGACCACUGUGAACACAAGAAGACCCCAGUCUCAGACACCAAGGGUUGAGAGGCAUUCUACAAGAACAUCACCAAGAGCACACGAUAUAUUAGCUGAUAAGAUAGCAGACGCGGUAAUGGAUUCCAGCAGAAAAUAUACCAGUGGUCUUAGUUCAGGGGAGUCCACACCUGACUCUAUGAACAUGGCAGAUCUUAACUUGCAAGAUCCUUUGGAAGGACUAGGCACAAAGGCAUUUAUAUCCCAGGACAAGAUAGCCAGGACGCCUGAAGGAGGACAUACCAAGAAGAUGACCUGGCAUGACACACUGAUGGAGGAACAGCUCCCCAGAAGACCAAGUUCGACUGAGCUAGAUGAGGUUACAAAGAAUCUGUUCACACCUGAAAAUUCAGAUGAAGAAAACAUCAUUACUGUUGGUGAAGUGCCAGAUGAAAAGAAAGAUGCACUGUCCCCUGUAGCUAAAGCCAAUCCUAAUCAACCUAAGGGUGCAACUCCAUCUUCAAAAAGAAAACCCAAACAUUCCCCAACCUUGUUGGAUAUGGAAACAGUAGUUGGAGGACAAACUUUGAACAGGUCUGCAAGAGAGGCUGAAGAAAGACUUGAGGCUGCCUCAGAGGUUACAAAUUUAUUGAAUGACUUAACUUUCAAUGGAGGUACAGUGCAAGAAGACAUGACUUGGAGAAAGCAGUCCAGCAGUUCUGAUCAGUCAAGUUCCAUUGUGUCUUCUGUUGUACAGAGACAAGAUAAGUCAUUCAGGGACUCCCCUAUUUCAACAGAGGACCAGUACAGAGCUCUCUUUGAAUCUAAAACUCCUCAUUUACCAAACAGGGCAAAAAGACAAAAUGUAGCAUCACAGGAUUAUUCUGCAACCCCUGAAUUUCCAAAAUCACCUGAUCAUUCUAGAAAGUCAAAUCCUUCUGUGACACCAAUUUCAACAAAUGAUAUGCCUUUUGGUCAAUUCACUGAAGAUGGGGUUCAGAGAUCCAGUGCUUUCAGUGGAUACCCAAAAGACCUGUUGAGUUUUGAUGAUGAGGACGACCUGUUGACUACUGUGACCAUGCCUUUCAGUCCCUCCAUGGAGGAUUCUCCUCAUGUAGGACCACAAGAUGUACGCAUGGUUGUAUCUCCACAUGUUUUUGGCAGAAAAGAAAAGCAGACAGAAUUAGGGAGUGAGAAAAGAAACUAUGACGAACAAAAAUCCAGUAGAAGUAAUGCGAGAUCCCCAGCCGCGUCAUCAACUGGUUCUUCACUGGUGAACAGUUGA